CUGGCCGUGUGCGGCCCAUACAAAACAAGCCUCUCCUCUCUCCGCAGACUGCAGAGGCACCGACAUGGGGCUUAAGCUGACCUGCCUGAAAGGCUUAAAAAUGUGUGUCAGCAGCAGCGGCAGCCACGACGAGGCCCCCGUCCUGAGCGACAAGCACCUGGAUGUACCUAACAUCAUCAUCACCCCGCCAACGCCCACGGGCAUGAUGCUGCCCAGGGACUCCCGGAGGGCAGUGUGGCUGGAUGAGACGGGGUCGUGCCCGGAGGAUGGAGAAAUAGACCCUGAGGCCUGAGGAGGAUGCGUGGGUUGGGGAUUCAUCCGCACCGGCUCCUGCUCUGGCUGCGCCUUACUUCACGUGUCCGGGGGCCUGGGACGGAUGCGCUGAGUAGCCAGAUGGGAGAACAGAGCGAUUCCGGCACUUGACCAGAGAGGAGUGGCAAGAUGCACGAGGAGUCAGCCCUGCCCGCUUCCAGAACAAUGUUUCCCAGGCCCCACUGAGUGGGCCGGACUCUAACGCCUACACGUGCUUGCUGACCCCCGGGGUCACGGUGACUGCCAUCAGGGUGCCAGGGAGAGGCGCUCUUCUGGACAAACACAGACGCCCAGUGCCCUGGGCCAUGCAGGCGGCUGCCCAGGAGGUCAGCACACACAAGAACUUCUUACAAAGGACGGGUUCCAUUUUUCACAAGUUGUCUUACAGACAGAGAAACAGUCCAAAAGUGAUUUAUAAUUUCCUUUUUGCAUUAUUAUAAAUAAAGACCCCGUGCCA